GACGCAGUUACGUCAGCAGUCGGUAGGCGGAAAAGCGGCAGUGUGUGUAUCUGUCUGAGCAGAUAAAGCCUAACCGGGUGUUUUUAUUUCGGAGCUUCAUACAGGGGAGGGAGAGAAAUUAAAACGAUCAGCUGCUCGCCUGCUCAGAUGGCGGUUCCCGCGGGUCACACGGACAUGCAGACGGACAGAGGCGGCCUGAGCGGUCAGACGCUGUCCGCCGAAAACAACAUUGACAUCGACGAGAAAGAGUUGGAAAACAUCACAAAGAAACACCGAGAGGACGAGACGACGACGCUUCCCCUGCACUCACCUUGGACGUUUUGGCUGGACAGGUCAUUACCAGGAACGACGGCCGCAGAAUGUGAGUCCAAUCUGAAGAAGAUCUACACGGUGCAAAGUGUUCAGAUGUUCUGGAGCGUAUACAACAACAUCCCUCCAGUCACAGCCCUGCCUUUGAGAUGUAGCUAUCACUUAAUGCGCGGAGAACGGAGGCCACUGUGGGAAGAAGAAAGCAAUGCAAAAGGAGGAGUAUGGAAGAUGAAAAUACCAAAAGAAAGCGCUUCUGUAGUUUGGAAAGAAUUGUUACUUGCUACUAUUGGGGAGCAAUUUGCAGAUUACUGUUCCUCAGAUGAUGAGGUCGUUGGCGUCAGUGUUAGCGUUCGAGAUCGUGAAGACGUUGUACAGAUCUGGAAUAAAGAUGCAUCUCUUGCUACCGAAUCAAAUAUCUUGGGGAAAGUCUAUGAGCUCCUCCCAUCCAUAACUUUUAAAGCUGUUUUUUAUAAGUCUCACAUGGAGCAUCAUGCCUUUGAAGGAGGACGCUCAAGACAUUAGAUUGUAAAGCACUUUUUUAAUUUUUUAUUUUAACCUGAACUGUUCCUGCCUUGUCAUGAAGGCACUGUCCACAACUUAAUCAAGGAUAUUAUUUUGCAUUCAACGAGAAAUGUCAUCAUUAUAUUUUUAUAACUUUUAAUGACUGAUGCCUUGUUUCAUUUCGACAUGGGUCCUAAAGCUCUGAGCUCUUCAGAGAACGUAUAUCCAGCAUAAAUCUCGUCCACAGUUCAUUACUCCAUGUUGACUUCCUGCUAUACUGAACUGCACUGUCAUGGUCCUGUUUUCUGCACGGCCUCUGGACCUCCACAAUUUAUUCCUGGUAUAGAGGUAGCAGCUACAUAAUCUAAUGUGUUUCUAAAAGUUUGAUACGCACGACAUCUCAGUUCUUCUGUCGUAAUUCAGUUAGCUUAAUCAGUGCCAAAGCACUUUUCUGCUGUCUAAGAAGUUUUUAUCCUCUACAAGUUUUUAUUCAGCUGGAGUUUUUCCACUUUGGAGGAUGGAGUGAAUGUCCCCUUUGAUUCCUUGUAACUUCAUCAAGUCUACAUCAAACCUAAAUCAGGGUAACACUUGGAAAUAUUGCACACGACUACCUAUUCCAGUCACAGUGUCCCUCAGUUAUAAAGCCAUCACAGGGAAUCAGAACAUAUCUUAAGACAGAUGUGGCCCUAAGAAACAUUUCUGACAUGUUUUUUUGUUUUACAGCUUUAGUUGAAAGAGCAGAAACCCAUCCUGAAAGGUGCCUCUUUGAAUGUUCUCAUCCUCACUGCAUUUGACAUUUCUCUGCAUACAAAUGUUGAAAGUAGACCCUCUGCUCUCCCUUAAUGGAGUCAUGGAUUGUUUAGUGUGUUACUCCGAAGCGAUACUGCACAUUUUUGUGCUCAACCAGUGGCGCCCCUUUGUACUUGUCUGUGCUCGUUUCCCCUGCUUACUGGACUGCGUCCAUGUAACCACAACACACAGAGGGAAAAAAUGCAGCAUUAUUUGCUUUAAAGAAAAUAACAUCAGUUCUAGCAUGGUUGUUGAUACAAUGUCAAACAUGACACUUGGUAAAAAAAGUCAAGUAAGACAAGUAAAUGUUAACUGCUGCUUCAAAGACAAGUCCACCUUAAAUAAUGAGUUAUGCUGAUCUCACCUGUGGUCAUGUUGAUUAUGAUCAGCACCACUUCUACUAAUAAAUAGAAAAACUAUAUUUUUCUGUCAGAUCCCUUCACACUUUGUCUGAGAUCUCAUCAUCCAGUCCGAGCCCCCUCCUCUAACACUGUUAACACGUGACUGUUGUAUUUCGGUGUAGGCUACAGUGAACUGAAUGCUUCUGCCACUAUCACAUCACUUUUUAUAGACCAGUUUUGGACUGGUCGAUGAAUUAGUUAGAAGAGGACAACAUUUCCUUUGUAAACAGGAUUUUUGCAGUGACAUGGACAAAGUAAAUAAAAUGGAAAUAAAAAUUAAAAUGAUCA